AUGCAAACUUGGAUUAUUUUAUGCCUGUAUAUAUCGUCGACUGCGAUUGAAAUAUGUACAGGAAUUGCAAGUCCUCUGCAGCCAUUUACUACCUAUGACCAUUCAAUACAACUUGAGGCAAAUAUAGCUGAACUUUGGUGGACAGUGAAUAAUGCUGCACAAGAGAUUACGUUUGAAUUACAUAUGAAGACUAUCGGAUGGAUUGCUUUGGGUAUUAGUCCAGCUGGAGGCAUGAAAGGUGCUGAUAUAGCAGUUGGAUGGGUCGACUCUUCUGGCAAAGCUCAUAUUCAAGAUCGAUUUGCAUUCGAUAAACAAAAGCCAGUCAUGGAUAAUACAACUCAAGAUUGGUUUCUUCUUAAAGGUCAAGAACAAAAUGGAUGGACAGCCAUUCAGUUCAAGCGUUCCUUUGAUUCUUGUGACCCAAUGGAUGUUCCGAUAAAGCUUGGCACAAAUAUUCUAAUAUUUGCCUAUGGCCUUGAUGAUAUUGAUCCAUGUCAAUCAAAAGUCGAUAUCACGUAUCAUGAUGAUAGACGAGGUUCACGAAUCUUACCGCUUCGAUCAUAUGCCGAUCAACCGGCAGAUGAAAUGCUUGCUGGACUCGAUUUCGUCGAUUUCCGCUUUGACAAUCAUGCCGUUCCAUCAGCUGACACUACAUAUUAUUGCAAAGUAUUCAAAAGUCCAAGUCGAUUUCUUACGAAAAGACAUGCAAUAGCUCAUGAAGUAUUGAUUGAUUCGAGACAUACAAAUCUGAUACAUCAUCUUGAUCUAUUCGAAUGCAGUUCGAACGAUGUACUUGAUGAUGCCAAUCUACCCGAUGGAGUAUGUGAUGACAUUCUUACUGACACGAGAAUGUGUUCGUCAAAUGUAGCUACUGCGUGGGCCAUUGGUGCUGAUGUGACUACUGUAUAUCCAGAAGAAGCAGGUUAUGCUGUCACCAGUGCUAACAACAAUAAAUAUUUCAUGGUUAAAAUACACUAUGAUAAUCCGCGACUAACUCCGAACCUUCGAGAUAGUUCAGGUAUUCGAUUUUAUCUUGGCAACGAACUUCGACAAUAUGAUCUUAGUUAUCUGAUAUUUGGAACUUUCUCUAGUUCAACAAGUCUUGCUAUUCCGCCAAAUACCGACCAAUUUAUUGUGGACUCAUAUUGUCCUCCUGAAGCCACUCGCAAUUUUCCCGCUUCUGGUAUUAAUGUUGUGUCCGCUUUACCACAUACUCAUUUACAAGGUAUCAGUGUAUGGACUAAAUUGAUUCGCAACAAUACAGCUGUGCAAUAUUUAUUCAAUGCCGAAGCGUUCGAUUUCAAUCAUCAAUUCGCGAAUCGACUGCCAACUCCAAUCAAAAUAUAUCCAGGAGACGCAUUUGCUACUCGUUGUAUAUACAGUACAAGAAACAAGGACGACAUGACAUUGGGUGGAAAGAGGACAAUAGACGAAAUGUGUUCCCAUACAUUCUCUUAUUAUCCUAUGGUUGAAAGUUUGAGAGCAUGUGUGACAGCAAUUGAUCAAACAGCGUGGCAAACUAUUAUGAAAACAUCCUUACCCAUAGACAACAUUAAAUUAGAACAAUGGCUUCGUAAUCUGACAUGGACACCGAAGUCAGUUGCUCAAUGGCAAGAAUUCUACAAUGAAGCUCAACGUUUUAUUAUGUACGAUAGAGGAAGUUAUAUGGACUUCAACGUUUUACCUACCAUUCCGAAAUAUGAAGAUCUUCAAGUUGAACCAUGCAAUCGAAAAGAGAUUCAGCACAGUAACGAUCAAUUGUGUCACGAAUCCAAUGAUUCGGUUGCCUGUCAAAACACAUUAUUUCUCUUUGCAUUCAUUUUCUUUGUUUUCAAAAUCAUAUUUCUUUGA